CGCAAAAUGCUUGCUUAUAGUACGAGGCAAUUUAUCGUUGGUAGAUUCUGAGGGCCUUUCAUUUGCUUCCGUGGACCUGCUCCCCACUCUGCGAAGCGCAAGUGCAAUCGCUUCAGUCGAAACAGUAGAGCUCGGAUCACUGAGACGACUGGCGGCAGAGGGAUGGAGCAGCAGCGGACGGUUCUCUUCCUCCGCCGCUACCCCUUCAAAGCCCUAACCGAUGCACUUGAGUCCCAUGGCCUCCAGGUGCUGAAGCCAUGGGAGUCCCAUCUAACGCUCGACGCCUUCCUGUCCUCCCACUGCGGCGGCGUCCGCGCCGUCCUCGUCUACGGCCUCGUCCCCAUCGACAGCGCCCUCUUGCAGAAACUCCCCUCCCUGGGGGUCGUCGUCACCACCAGCAUCGGUCUCGACCAUAUCGAUCUCCCCACUUGCCGGAGCAGGGGCAUCAUCGUCGCCAACUCCGGCGACUUCUAUACCGAAGACGCCGCCGAUUAUGCAGUCGGGCUCCUGUUGGACGUCCUCCGCCGCAUCUCCGCCUCCGAACGGCUCCUCCGGCGUGGCGUUCGCGGCGACGUCCCUCUGGCUUGCAGGGUUGGGGGGAAGCGCAUUGGAAUAGUGGGAUUAGGAAGAAUCGGGUCAGCAAUUGCAAGGAGACUAGAGGCAUUUGGCUGCAUCAUUUCAUACACUUCCAGAGCCAAGAAGCCACUGGUGCCAUUCACAUUCUUCCCCAAUGUGCUUGAUCUAGCUGCCGAAGUUGAUGCGCUUGUGUUGGCCUGUGCAUUAACUGAAGAGACCCACCACAUUGUUGACAAGGAGGUGCUCUCUGCAUUGGGCAGGAAGGGGGUGGUGAUCAACAUAGGCCGAGGGCCUCUAGUUGAUGAGAAAGAGUUGGUGAGCAGAUUGGUGGCAGGAGAGAUUGGUGGUGCCGGCCUCGACGUGUUCGAAGACGAGCCCAAUGCACCAAUGGAGCUUUUCCGGCUGGACAAUGUUGUGUUGUCGCCGCAUGCAGCUGUGCAUUCCGACGGAGCUCGGCACAAGAUGUGUAAUCUCAUUGUUGCCAAUCUGAUAGCAUUCUUUGAGAACAAACCACUCUCUUGUGUGCUUUGCUUAUUAGUCCUGAAGCUUCGGUCUGGUCGUGGGGCAGUAAUUAAGUUGUCGUACUACAAUGGGAUGAGUUGUGUUUCUGCAACAAGGGACGGCCGAGUGAUGGAGGAGCGGCGGACGGUCCUCUUACUCCGUCGUUCCCCUUUCAAGGACAUUGCUGGCCUCCUCGAGUCGCACGGCUUCUGCGUCCUCAAGCCAUGGGAGUCCCACCUCACUCUCGACGCCUUUCUGGCUUCUCAUGGCGGUGCCGUAAGGGCGUUGGUUGUCCCAGGCCUCUCUCCUAUAGGGGAAGCCCUCCUGCAACACCUCCCCUCCCUCGGCCUCAUCCUACUCACCAGCAGCGGCCACAAUCAUGUAGAUCUUCCCGCUUGCCGAAGCAGGGGAAUCUUGGUUGCCACCGUUGGCAACUCCUACACCGACGAAGUCGCUGAUUAUGCCGUCGGCCUCCUCCUCGACCUCCUCCGCCGUGUGUCCGCCUCCGAGCGGCUCCUCCGCCAACGCAUCCCAAAAGCCGAACCCCUUCUUGCUUGCAGGGUAGGAGGAAAGCGAGUGGGCAUAGUUGGUCUGGGAAGAAUUGGAUCAGCGAUUGCGAGGAGGCUAGAGGCAUUUGGCUGCAUCAUAUCAUACACUUCGACAACCAAGAAGCCGCUGGUGCCAUUCACAUACUUUGCCAACGUGCUCGAUCUAGCUGCUGAAGCUGAUGCCAUUGUGUUGACCUGUGCAUUAACUGAAGAGACCCACCACAUUGUGGACAAGGAGGUGCUCUCUGCACUGGGGAGGAAGGGAGUGGUGAUCAACGUAGGCCGAGGGGCUCUGGUUGACGAGAAAGAACUGGUGAGGAGCCUGGUAGAAAGAGAGGUCGGCGGCGCGGGCCUGGACGUGUUUGAGAACGAACCGGACGUGCCUCUGGAGCUUCUCCGCCUGGAUAAUGUCGUGUUAUCCCCGCACGCGGCCGUCCUGUCCGAAGAAUCUAUGGAGGCCAUGUGCGAUCACGUUGUUGCCAAUCUGAUAGCCUUCUUUGAGAACAAACCACUUUCUUCUGUGGUCGACUGAUGAGUAAGUCCCGCCUUUGUUUCUUCAAUCAAUAGUGUAGCGGGACUUUACUGUAGACGGGGCUCUGGAAACUUUGCUUGCCUUUAAGCAACAACCCGGUGGCAAUGUUCGUCCAUUCUAGUUAUGUUCUCAAUCAGUUUGAAAAGCACUGGGAUCUUUCAAAUCUUAUAAAUUCACUUUGUAAAUUCAAUAGAAUGGUCACAAUUUGAAGAA